UUGGACGACAGAUACUUAUGCAUGGUCAAGGAAGCAGACUUUUAGAGGUACCAAUGAAGACUGUGAUAUACAAACGCAAAUCUCAAGAACAGCUAUAUGUAAUGCAGCACUAGAUAAUUCCACACCAAUAGAAGGACAGUGUCCAGAGCAGAUUCGUGUAACAGAUCAGGUUUCACUCUGGCAAUCAUCAGAUCUUGGUCAAGCCCCAAAUUCUGAUAAUUGGGCGGAUUUCAGCGAGAUGAGGCUCCCAAGCUGUCUUUCACCUCUUGCAUCAGAAGCAGGCGAAACAACUGGUAUUUCAACCCGAAAUCUUAUAAGACCUCUGGAAUUUUCUUCAUGCCUUUCUGCAUCACAUAUCAACCUCCAGCCAACAGUAAGAUGCACAUCUUCUUCAGUUCAGCCACAGGCACCUCCUGGAAAAACUAACCAGCAGAAUUCAUCAUGUACUCCUCAAAAUGUAAAUGAAAUACACUCCUUGGGGGUAGGAAAGACCUUAUGCCCUUUAAAAUCAAACAGAGACCACAAUGGAGUUGCCAUUGAGUGUAAACCAGAAGAAAAAAAGACAAAAAUGCCAGAUUUUAAGAAUAACUUGCGAAAGGGAACAGAAGACAAAACACCGGACAGACAGAUGAAUGAAUCAGUAGACAGAGGCAUCUCUACAGCAAUGCAUAAUGUUGAAUCUGAUAAUGAGCCUUCUAGAAAAAAAGCAAAAGUGGCUGGUUACCCAAAUGAAGACAAUGUACAAUGUACACAAGCAGGGAUGGUAGUAGAUCCCUGCAGUGCUAAAAUAAAUAAUAUAAGACAAAUUAAUAACAAAAAAGACAUUAGCAACCCUGUAAUUUCUGAGAAAAUUGAUUGCCCGAAUGCUGCCAAGACAAGAAACACUGUGUCAAUAGAUCAAAAAUCUCAGGCAAACAUGGCACAUGGCCAGGUAAGUCCACUUUUCAAGUGUAAAGGUCAAGAGGCAUGCCAAAAAGAUGUUUGGGAUACAAAACAGACUACCUCUUUGGUGAUAAAACGUGGACUUGGGACGCCCAUUCAAAAAAGAAAAUGCGCUAAAGCCCAGAUGGAAGACUUAAGCAAAAUAAGUGAACUUAACAGUUCACCUCCAGUUCUUAAUGAUUCUUCAUCUUGCAGCCACCAUGACUUACAGUUAACACAACUGAGAAAUGAGUGUGUGGCAAGAACGGGAUUUAAGGACAGUGUCAAGGAUUUAAUCAAUGAAUGCGAAAAGAACAAUGAACCAGAAAUGAAAAAUCCCUUCAUAGAGCCUGAGAAAGUCUCACCAGAUGUGAACCUGAACAGAGAAGGAGACAAACAGACCCAAAGGCUCGCUAGUCUCGCUAAGAAGACAAGUUUUUGUGAUAAAAUUUUCCAUCAGACUGUUUUCAGUCUAGACACAACUGUCACUCAGCAUUUUCUACCUAUUAAUCAUCAACGAAGAUCAGAUUUGCAGACAUCUGAUAGAAAAAUCAGGACUAGUUUACCUCCAAGUGUCAUCUGUAAGAAGAUCAGCGAACCUCUAGAAUCUGAUCAUAUGAGUGCUGAGUUAAUGCUGGACAGCAAUAAACGGAAAAUAAAAGAUACAAUUGAAGAGCGUGGGAGAGAGAAAUGUGUACCAAGGACUGAUAAAUCUGAUGAUGUUUUAGACAAAUCUAAAGUGGAAAAAGUGGAUCCGAAAAACAGUGAAGCUGUCAGUGAACAAGUUGAAAGUGGGUCCAGAAAUGUAAAUGGAUGUUUCGUGAAUAGAAACUCUGUAAGAGAAGCUGAGAUUAAUUUGAAUACUGGUUUAUCCAUUCAUGAGGUUGUUGAUGUGAAUGCUGCUUCUCGUUUGUAUCCAAUUCCAACAGUAAGAGAUUUUAACAAUAAUUUUGGUACGGAAAAUCACUUGCAGCUUGAAUCAACUACAACAUUACUCCAUCCAUUUAGACCCGAUACCACGAUGGAGAAACCAAAAAUUGAUGAACAGAUUACAGAAAGUCUUUCUGAAUUAGCAGGUUCUUACAAGCCAACAGAGGAAAAGACCAAAGAGUUACAUCCUAAAUUGACUGGGUGCACUCGAACAGGUAAUCUGGAAGGACAAGAAGGAGAAAAAGAGGAGAAUACAAUAAGGAAAGCAGAACAUGUAGAAGUCAGUAGAAUGAAGGACAGUGAAGCUAAAUUAAGUGACAUUGAGGUUGAUGUAUUGGAGGAGAGGGUACAGCUGGCUAUAGGUCAUGGAGAUGAAGUGUUUGCUACAUCGGGAAGCAUUGGUGACACUGAUGAAGAGGAAAGUCAAAUCUCUACUAUGAGGCUUAAUGAUGGACAAGUUCUUGCUAUUGAGGAAGAAUUAAAUGGACAGCAGGUUUCAAUGACUGAAGUUGAAGUCAUGUCAUCGGAUGAAGCUACAGAUGACAUGACUUCAGAAAUGCUAAAUACUGAAGCAUCUUCUAUUCCACGUGAAGAAGGCCCUGAUCUCAGCAGCUUCUCAGUCGAUCCCUUAGGCUCAUCAGCAGCGUUUCUGCCAGAUCUGAACACUGAGUCAGCAGAGGACUAUAGCGGUGCUGAAGAGGAGCUUAUUGUGGAUGACAUCUCUGACUCUCCUCCCCAGCUGUGCAGUGUAGUUGGUACUGUGUGCAACAUUAUUCAGGAAGAAGAGGAUGAGUUGCGGGACGAGGAAGAAGAAGAGGUUGAUGUCACUGGAGAGGAAUCAAAUUGAAUUUAACUUACACUUUGUAAGCACCAGAAUAUUUUUCCAAAAAGAUCAGUUUAGUUUAAGAAAGGUUUAGCACUGGUACAUUUUUGUUUAUUUUGGAUG